AUGUUUAGCGACACCGUCGAGAAUGAAUCUACUCAAGCUCCAGAUGACAGGAGCUUGAGCUCUGUGCCGGAGACUAGUGUUGGCGGAAUGGUUCCUGCCGUGUCCCAUGUGCCUCAGAGGGCGCCUCUUCCUCGAGCAGGAGCAGCAUUCCCCUUCUCUUUCUGGCGAUUUAGCAGCCGCGAACGCCGCAAACAUGAGCGCGACUCCUUGCGCAGCCGCUCGAAAGAAGGCAGACCUGGCAGUCGAAAGCACCGCCGGUACACGCACUCGGUGGAUCUUGUCAACACCUUGAGGCGUGUGAUGUCAGCGCGUGGCGAGGAGAACCUGCCAGAAGAUGUGGAUGGUGUGGAAGAGGAGCGACCUCGAGUGCGGCCUUCCGCCUUCUACCGUCUCCUCGAGUGCGAAGGCCCCGGCAACGCCCUGGAGGCCUGGGCCGCUGCCGAAAGCCGCGGCCGCUCGCCGAAGCGGGCUAGGCCCAAGGGUGACGCCUGGGAGGCUGAGGAGCAGGUCCGCCAGGUCCGCCGCGCUUUCCGCGAGAACUGGCAAUUCCUUGCUCAGAGCCAGUCCUCACAGGAGCUGAUAGCCAAGCUGGAGGAGCUGACAGAGGUGGCAUUUGGAAAGACGCGCGCCCUGGAAGCGGAGGACUUGCUGAUGUGGCAGCUCUUAUGGACGGAUGGUGACUUGGCCACUGAAGCCGGUGCACCCCCUGCCGAUGAGAUGCUCCUCAUGGGCCUGAAUGCCACGGAGCGGAAGGUGGUCCACCAGCUGGCACGUCUCAUCGGGCUGCACUCCGAGAGCAGGCUCCUUGACGACGGCCAGGAGGGGGAUGACGCAAAGCAGGACAAGGCAUUGGCGCUGCGCCCUCCACGGAGCCUGCGCUGCCGCGCAGGAUCUUGGGCUGCACCGUUUUCUGUAUCUCAAGUACUGAACUCUUCGGUGAUGGCCUCGUAA